UGACGUCGGCCGCUGAGGGGGUACGUGGCAGUGACGUCGACGGCCCGCCCUCCUUUCGGCUUGUUUGGUCGUUCGAUCCGGAGGCCGGUGUUCGGGACUGAGGAGGGAGGCAGCGCCUAGAGCUGGGUCCGGGUCCGCGAAGCCGCACCAGGUUAUGAGCCUCCAUGAAUACGAGGAGACGCCACGGCUCUAGAAACACGGAGCAGGGCGUUUACCUGGGACCUUCCCAGACACAAGUUCUGCCCCCGCUCGCUGCCACCCCUGCCCCAAGCCCAGUUGCGCCACCUCCUCCACAGUGGGACACCAUGUCGUGUCAAGAUCGCACCCAGGAAUUUCUCUCCGCCUGCAAGUCCUUGCAGAGCAGACAGAAUGGGCUUCAGCCAAACAAGCCAGUGCUGAACGCCAUUCGGCAAAGAAGCGAAUUCACUGUCAUGGCCAAGCGGAUUGGGAAGGACCUCAGCAACACUUUUGCCAAGCUGGAGAAGCUAACAAUCUUGGCCAAGCGGAAAUCUCUGUUUGAUGACAAGGCAGUGGAGAUUGAGGAGCUGACUUACAUCAUCAAGCAGGACAUCAACAGCCUGAACAAACAGAUCGCACAGCUGCAAGAAUUUGUCAAAGCGAAAGGCAGCCAGAGUGGGAGGCACGUGCAAACUCACUCCAACACCGUGGUGGUGUCACUGCAGUCCAAGUUAGCCUCCAUGUCCAACGAUUUCAAGUCUGUUCUGGAGGUGCGGACAGAGAACCUUAAACAGCAGAAGACUCGGCGAGAACAGUUCUCCCGCCCCCCGGUCUCCGCCAUUCCCCUCGCCGCAAGCAAUCUAGGUGGCUCCGCUAUGCUUCAGGACGAACGCCGGCACUCGGGGGACGUGGCUAUUGACAUGGACAACCGGGCCAGCCAGCAGUUGCAACUCAUCAACGAGCAGGAUACGUACAUCCAGAGCCGGGCAGACACCAUGCAGAACAUCGAGUCUACUAUCGUGGAGCUGGGCUCCAUAUUCCAGCAGUUGGCGCAUAUGGUUAAAGAACAAGAGGAGACCAUCCAGAGAAUUGACGCCAACGUGGAAGAUGCUCAGCUUAAUGUUGAAGGCGCCCACACGGAGAUCCUGAAAUAUUUCCAGUCCGUCACAUCCAAUCGGUGGCUGAUGGUGAAAAUCUUCCUCAUCCUUAUUGUCUUCUUCAUCAUCUUCGUGGUGUUCCUGGCCUGAUGGUGGAGGCGGCUCAACCGCCCACCACCAGCUCCUCCUCCUCCUGCAAGAGCCGCGUUGGGACACUGGACUCUUCUGUUCUCUUUGUAGCCGGCCUGGGGGCAGAGUCAUCACUGCUGCCCUCCAUGUGCCUGGUGCCGAAAAGGGGGCCCAUCCUCGCUCAUUUGUGACUCUCUCUUUUUUGGCCGUGGCUCUCGGCCUGGAGCGGGGGCCACCCCAAUCGGAGUGCAAUAGCAUUUGGACUAUGCUGUGAAGGGCUCUGCCCCAACAAACCCCCUUCUGCUCCCCAGAUGGGAUACAAUCCAGUGGGGGGGCAUGUCUGUAUGUAGCGGGACCAGGAUCUUGCAUCUCUUCCCCUCCUCUGUUCUAUAUAUUUGCCCUUCCCCUUUGGGACUAAACGAAAAACAACACACUAACAGAACCCCUCCC